AUGCAAGAUAUCGUGGCCCCUGUACGAAAUUUGAGAUUUGAUAUAGAAUUUGCUUUGGAAAACCAGAUAGGAUGCCAACCUCUCCCGUUUCCUGGAAUGGACAAAUCUGGUGCUGCCAUCUGCACAUUCUUUAUGCGAGGACUGUGCUCGAAAGGAAGUUCUUGUCCGUUCCGACAUGUUAAGGGUGACCGGACAAUUGUUUGCAAGCAUUGGCUGCGGGGUCUCUGCAAGAAAGGCGAUGACUGCGAAUUUCUUCAUGAAUACGACAUGUCAAAGAUGCCUGAAUGCUACUUUUUCUCCAAAUUCGGUCAGUGCAGCAACAAAGAAUGUCCAUUUUUACACAUUGACCCAGAGAAAAAAAUUAAAGACUGUCCAUGGUAUGAUCGUGGUUUUUGUCGGCAUGGACCCAACUGUAAAAACCGGCAUGUGCGACGUGUUAUAUGUCAAAGUUAUUUAAAUGGUUUCUGUUGUGAUGGCCCCAACUGUAAAUUUAUGCAUCCGAAGUUCGAACUUCCAACCAGUGAUCCAGCCACUCAGGCAAAGAAAGCCUCCAUUGUUUGUCAUUAUUGUGCUGAAAUUGGCCACAAAGCUGCUAAUUGCCAAAAAAUACCACCGGAAAUGAAAAUGGAACAGCAGCAACAGGCUUUUGACAAAAUGAGAAACCAACAGAUUGCUCAAAUCCAGGUUGACCAAUCCAUAUCAGCUGAUGGUCGACGACCUCUUGAUCAGGUUACAUGCUUCAAGUGUGGUGAGAAAGGUCACUACGCCAACAAAUGUCCUAAAGGUCAUCUGCCUCAAAAUAAUACAGGAUUGUGGAUCAGGAUCCAACUAAAUCUCCUUUAA